AGAAAAUAUUAACAUAACCUUUCAUGUGUUUUUGAUAAGAGGGAACUGACAAUAAGAAUGAUAAGAAAUCAAAACAAACAAAAGAUUUGAACAAAGUGUGAAUAAUUCCAAAUUCAAAAUGCAAAAAAUAGUGCAUCUGGAUUUUAAAGGUGCUCCAUUGAAGGUUGAUUAUUUGGAAAAGGUGUUUAAAGUAAUCAAGUCAUGGGGCGUAACAGGAAUCCUGCUAGAAUGGGAGGAUACCUUCCCGUAUAUGGGGGAACUGGUUGAAAUCGGCAGUGUGAAGAAUGCAGGAGGUGAUAAUCUGUACAGCUUAGCGGAAGUCAAACAUUUGUUGGCUUUCAUCAAAGAAUUGGGAAUGGAACCUAUACAACUGGUACAAACAUUUGGUCAUAUGGAGUUUGUUCUGAAGCAUCCUGCGUUUCGUGACCUGCGGGAGAUAGAGCAGGCCCCAGCAGUGAUGUGUCCUACUAAGCUGAGGUCUUUGCAGCUGGUCAUGGCUAUGGUGGACCAGGCGUUGGAGGUUCAGCCUGACGCUACCUUCUUCCAUAUUGGUGCUGAUGAGGUCUGGCACGCAGGUAUCUGUGGGGAUUGCCAAGCGAAACUAGGGGAGGACAAGAUGACCAAAGCCAAGUUAUACUUGGAACACGUGAAGCGAGUGGUCCUUCAUGUGAAGAGUCGAAGGCCAAACAUUUCCGUGCUGAUGUGGGACGACAUGCUGAGACCCAUGGAUGUUGAGACCUUGAAAGAAUACGCCAUAGGAGAUCUGGCCAUACCUGUGAUAUGGCAUUACAGCACGAUGGAGUGCUUCGGCCUUACCAAGGAAAUGUUCAAUAUCUACACACAACUCUUCCCAAAGGUCUUUGUUGGGUCUGCCUUCAAAGGUGCUAAUGGAAGCUGCCAGGUACUAUCACCGGCGGCCCGCUAUGUGAGCAACCACGAAGCAUGGCUCUCUCAUAUGAAGGAAAAUGAACAAGUCAAUUUCAUUGGAAUCAUCCUCACCGGCUGGUCCAGAUAUGAUCACUACGCCACUCUGUGCGAGCUCCUGCCCGUAGCGUUGCCAAGUCUUGCGAGUUGCCUGAAGGUCCUCCUUAGAGAUGACGACGUUCCCAUGGAACAUGCACUAUGUGAAGAUAUACUGCCGUCCUAUGAGUGGCCGGGCGAGGAAGUGGCGAGGAGUAUUCACACUUUUGUCAUUCUAAGGGAACGGACCAUCGGACUCCUGACGAGCGAAAUGGUUCGUACCUGGCUGAAUCCGUGGCAGAUAGCUCGCAGGUACACCGUCCCAGUGCACGUCGAGGGUAUCAGGAUUACUGCACAUCACAUACUAGGCGAGCUCGUAGUACUGAAAGCAGACCUAACAAAUUCUCUUCUCCGUAUAACUGGAGAACGGAGUACGGAUGAAUGGAUACACUCGUACAUCGAACCUCUGAUCACGAAGGUCUCUCGACUCUGCAGAAUUGCCGACGAGAGAGUCGUUUGCGAAGCUGGCGUCAAGCCUUUGUAAGGUGAAGAGGAGGCUAUAAAAUUUGUCACCGGUAGAUGGCGCUGGUGGAGAGUUAAGUCUUGUACACCAUUUUGUAUAACAAGCCAAAUAAGAGAUUUUAUUGUAAACACACGUUUAUUUCGACAUUAGUUAUGCUAACUAGACUUUAUUCUUUCAAAGCGCCAUUUUUGAAUAUCGAAUAAAACAUUCGGCUUUAAUACGUUACUUUAAAUGUACAUUAUCGACCUUUAUUCUCCUAAGAUUUGCAAACUAAUAACUAUACCAAAAAUUUCAUUUGCUUUUCCUAUUAAUAAUAAAAUUGAUUUAGCUAUAGAAUGUUUUAUCCCUUUCUUUCAUAGUCAAUUAUUAUUUGUAAAAACGAGACGAAACUAAAGCUUUAAUGGGUUAAUUAAAAUUACUCAUAUAUAGUUUUAUAGUCAACAAAGUAGUUUGAUAUGCAAGUAAGUAAAUAAAGAUUUCUCUAGUACACAGAAAUAAAUUAUUGUUUUAUCAAAGCUAAAUCAUUUGUAAGCACUGGAGGAAAGGCUUAGCAACCAAAAUGGAUACUAUUUCUGCAGCUACUGAUCCUCAAACCCCUUAGGUACCGCCAAAAGGCAGGAAACACUCAAAAUCCGUGGUGUUGCGGGCGGCGUUGAUUGCUUACCCUCAGAUGAUAGGUCAGCUUGUUUGCCCCAUAUAAAAACGUUUGCUGCAUACCAAAUUACAUGAUGAGCAGCGUAGCAGUUUUUUUGAAGGGGUAAAAUCAUCAAUUAGUUUAGUUUGACGGCUAAGUACCGUGUUGUGUACACGGUAGUUUCCAACAAGUCAAAUUUAAUAUUUUAACCAAAUAUCAUAAACGAUACUUUUCUAUGAAAGUAUGAAGCUCAAAAUUACGACGUCAUAGUGUUUUUGGGUUAAAUAGCUUACUUAUUUCUUAGAAAUAAGCUAAAAAAUAUGGAAAAUUUAGUGUAUCCAUAGAUCGAUGAAUAAAAGUGUUGUUAUUUUUCAAUAUUUUAUUAUAUUCAAAAUAUGUCGAAUUAAUUUGUUUUUUACCUAGGAAACCACCUAAUUGUUUCUCGAGGGCGUUAGACUAGCUUCGCCGGGGCCUACAUGAGUAUACCGUAAACAUACUUAAAUGUCGUAUUAUAUAUUAUAUUAUAGUUAUGAUUUGUAUGUUAUUGUAUGGGAAAGACUGACAACACUUGCAUCUUAUGUGAUUAAAUUGAAAAUGGAUGAAAACGAAAAUGGUGUUUGCCGUUUCUAAACGGCAACUUUGUGGCGAUGACGGC